CCUGUUUGACGUCAUAACUGCAGCAACCGUUUCGCGCACGAACUGUAACCGGGAGUUAUACGGCAGCCAUGGCCAAUCAAUCCAUUGACAUCUUGGCAAAGGUUUUGGAGCAGUCAGCUAAGGUGGUGGAGGAGCAGGUGGACGCACAGCUGAGCAAACUAAAUGAGUUGGAUGAUGAUGAUUUGGAGAGGCUGAAGGAGAAGCGAUUAGAAGCCCUCAAAAAAGCUCAGAGACAGAAGCAGGAAUAUUUGUCCAAAGGCCACGGGGAAUACAGAGAAAUCCCCAGUGAGAAAGACUUCUUCAGUGAGGUGAAAGAGAGCAAGAACGUCGUCUGCCACUUCUACAGGAGUUCAACUUUCAGAUGUAAGAUCCUGGACAAACACUUGGGCAUCUUGGCUAAAAAGCAUGUGGAGACCAAAUUCAUCAAACUCAAUGCAGAAAAGGCUCCAUUUCUGACAGAGAGGCUCCAUAUCAAAGUUCUGCCCACACUGGCGCUGCUCACAGACGGAAAAACAAAGGACUAUGUGGUCGGGUUUUCUGAUAUGGGCAACACAGAUGAGUUUCCCACAGAGGUGCUUGAGUGGAGGCUUGGAUGUGCAGAUGUUAUCAACUACAGUGGUAACUUGAUGGAGCCCCCAACAGUCUCGCAGAAAUCAGGCUCCAAGUUCAGAAAACUGGAGAAGAAAACCAUCAGAGGACGAGGCUACGACUCUGAUACAGAUUCAGAGGAUGACUGAGGAGCUCUAAGAACAGGCCGUUUUUCUUUAGUGGAUAACCUGCUUUCUUUUUCCACUCUUUAAGUGACUCUGUCCUUCAUCAUAUUCAUUUAUGGAAUUUAUUUGACCAAACUAAGAAUUUAUUUUGUCAACCCCUUGUUUUAUGAAGUAUCUUAUUUUCUAUUUCAAGUAACAUGAAGUGCAUUCAGAAAACAUUGUCAAUCCCUUUCUAAUUUUCAACACUUAAUGCUGUAGCCUCAAGAUGGAAUCAUUCAAAUAAAUGAUUUUGCUCAUGAAUCCACACUUGGUACCUCAUAAUGACAGCAGUGAGUCAGGAACAACCCUGAAUAUCCUUGAGCCAGAGCCCUGACUCAAACCCCGCUGAGCAUCUAUGGAGACACCUGAAACAUGGCUGUGUUAAAGUGACAGAGCUAUGGAGGAUUUGGAAAGAAGAGUGGCAGAAAAUCCCCAAAUCCAGGGGUGAAAAACCUGUUGUAUCAUUACUAAGAAGAUUAAUGGCUGUGUUAGCUCAAACAGGGGAUUCUACUAAGUAUUUUUACGUUUUGUUAAUUUAUAGCUUUUCAAUUAAUUCUAUUAUGCUGUGUUUUGGUUGUUUUGGGGUUCUGGGUGUUGAUUUGUGUGGAUAAAAAUUAAGUUGAAUGAUUCUAACAAAGUUGAAAGGGGUCAGACUACAUUGUGAAUGCACUGUAUGCUUCAUAAACAAAGAACUACACUGAGCCUCAAAAUUAAGCGUCAUCUGGCCUUAACUUUUAACCUCUUCUUUUUUAUUUAUUUAGACAGUCUGUUAGAUCUGUUUGUUACUUUGUAACCUGGUCUGUUGGUAAAAGUCAGAGAUGCAUAUCUGUGCCAAGAUCAAAUGUAUUCUGAAGUUACAUCUAAAUACAUUUUGUAGCAACAGUUGGACAGAAAUGAUGCCCUCUCAAUAAAAGCAGAAGAGCUAUUGGAUGUAAUUGUGGAUUCUUCUAUAAGUUGAUAGAUGAGAGGUAGCGAAUGAAUUAAUUUGAUUUUAAAUCAUAUUUGACCCUAUCAUUGUUUAUCAUGUUUAAAAGAUCAGA